AUGAAGCUCUCGUCAGCCGUCAUCGGGCUCUUGGCUACCCUCGCCUUGGGUGUCUCGGUGCCAAAGCUUGAGAAGAAGAUCACGUACAGCGGGUACCGGGCCUUCCGCAUCGCGACGCAUCACGAUGCCGCUCUGAUCAAGGCCAAGCUGGCGCCCCUCGCCGCCGUGCCCUUCAACCUCGACACAAGCGUGCACCUCGACGUGGCCAUCCCACCCGAGGAGAUUGCCGCCUUUGAGGCCCUCGGGCUCGAGACUGAGGUGCUGCACAAGGAUCUGGGAGCAGAUAUUGCCGCUGAGGGCAAGUUUGGCACGUACGACGUCACGGCCCAGGCCAUCCCCAGCCUGACGUGGUUCAACGCGUACCACGCGUACGCGGACCACGUCAAGUUCUUCAGCGACCUGGAGGCGGCGUUCCCGGCCAACUCGGAGCUCAUCACGGCCGGUACGUCGUUCCAGGGCCGCUCCCUCUUCGGUAUCCACCUCUGGGGCAGCGGCGGCAAGGGUUCCAAGCCCGCCGUCUACUUCCACGGCACCGUCCAUGCUCGUGAAUGGAUCUCGGCCAAGGUGGUCGAGUACAUUACGUACAGCCUGCUCACGCAGUACGGCAACACCACCGACACGACUGCCAAGACCAUCUUGGACAAAUACGACUUCUACAUUCUGCCGUUUGUCAACCCGGACGGCUUCGUGUACACGCAGACUAACGACCGGCUGUGGCGCAAGAACCGGCAGACAAGGUCAACGUCGUCGUGCGUGGGCACCGACGUCAACCGCAACUGGCCGUGGAAGUGGGAGCUGACCAAUGGUGCCUCAACUAACCCGUGCGACGAGACGUACAAGGGGCUGGCGGCGGGCGACACGCCCGAGAACAAGGGCCUCGUGGCACUGACGUCCCAGCUCAAGGCCAGCAAGGGCAUCAAGCUGUUUAUCGACUGGCACAGCUACGGGCAGUACAUCCUGCUGCCCUAUGGCUACAACUGCGCGCUGAGGGCGUCCAACCACGCCCGCCAGACGACCCUGGCCUCGGGCCUGGCUGCGCGCAUCGCCCUGUCGUACGGCACGCGCUUCACUUAUGGCCCGUCGUGCUCGACCCUGUAUGCUACAACAGGGGCCAGUGUGGACUAUGUGACCGACGUCGGCCUGGCCGAGCUGGCGUGGACGAUCGAGCUGAGGCCGACGGGGUCGGGUAGCGGCGGCUUUGUGCUGGCGGCCUCACAGAUCCUGCCGUCGGCCAUUGAGCAGUGGGAGGGCAUGAAGUAUCUUCUGACUACUAUGUGA